AUGCCGAAAGGCUUCAACGCGCCGCCGCCGGCCCCACAACCGGCGCCCUACACGGCCUACUCCGGUCCGCCGGGCAAGGCAAACAUCCUCACCCGCCAGUUCGCCGCGCUGCCUCUCAUUGCGCUUCUUUACACUGCCGCCGUCCCGUUCACCCCGGUCGUCUGGGUCCUCAACAUUGACGGGAGCUCCCUUUUCGACCGCCUCUUAGCCGGCAUAGUCAUGCUGUCGGCGUGCUACUUCCAAUGGCGCAUCGCGGGACUCACAUCACCUCUCGCCGUCUUUCUCCCGGGGCCGGGCGGCAGUAGAAUUCGCAACGGACGGAUUGAGCAGGGCUCUAACGUGGGAUUCGUCUGGCACCCCAGUAACUACUGGCCGUACGUGAUCUGCGAGGCGAUGCUCCUGUGCGUCGCCGAGUUUGGGGGCAAUGAGCUGUUGAGACGGAGCAUCGUUUGCGGUGUCAUUGCGGGGCUAUGGCUUGUUGGGUACCACGCGACGCCGGAGUCGACGAGGCGCUGGGCCUAUGAGAACAUCAAGGCUUGGCUGUUUUGGAUGGUGCUGGAUGAGAUGAUGCGUGUUGGGGGGAGGAGUUAUAGCGGGCGGCGCCGCAGAUGA